CAUUAUUUAUUAUUGCUUAUUUUUGAGCGAUUGGCUUCAUAAUAUUCAAUAUUAUUAUUCUGUUUAUGCUCUCUCACUGUUCUCUUGUACGUAGCUAUCAAUGGAUAAGAAAGAUAUGAAAAUACAGGCAUAAUAGAUAUAAAAUGUAAAUUUUAGAAGAUGAGGAUAAAUAUUCGAGUCAUAGAUAAGAGUCCGACAUAGAUAAAAUAUUGAAUACCAGCAAGAUAUCGGCAGUCUUUUAUAGCAGCUUGUCUUAACAAUACUGUUUUUGAUUAGCUCUCUAAAACGUAUACGAAAAAUCUUCGAAGAACGCAGAACUUCACAAUGGGAUACUGGUCGAUACUGUUGUCAAUUGUGAUAGGUGCUCUCAUCAUCUAUUAUUACUUCUUCAAAAAGUUCAACUUCUUCAAGAGACACAACGUCCUUCACUUACCAUCCUUGCCCGUGUUGGGAGUCAUGGCGCCGGUGCUAUUUCGUCAGAUGUCGUUUGGCGGGUUCCUGAAUUUUCUGUACAACUACCGUCCGGAUGCGAAGUACUACGGAUUCUAUGCCAUGACGCUGCCAGUCUUCCUGUUUCGCGACCCAGAACUCAUCAAGGCCAUUUUCAUCAAGGACUUCAAGUCAUUCCACGACCGUCGGACUUUUGCCGACGUGAACGACCCGCUGAUCAACAAGAACAUGUUCUCCCUGCAGGGGAAGAAAUGGCGCGAAGUUAGGACCCUGCUAUCGCCCGCCUUUACGGCCGGUAAGAUGAAGUUCAUGUUCUCGUUGAUGUCGGAAUGCGCGGUAAACUUUGCCACGUUUAUGUCGUCGUUGUCGAAGGACCAGAAUGAGCUGGAGCUGAAGGAAGCGUUCACGAAGUAUACGAACGACGUGAUCGCCACAUGCGCUUUCGGUAUCAAGAUGGACACUAUGAGGGACCCGACCAACAAGUUCUACAUGCAUGGCCGUAACAGUACCAGGUUUCUGGAGUUCCGCACCAUCAUGCUGAUCUUUCUCAAGACCUUCUCGAUCGGGCGAAUCUUGAACCUACGGUUGGUGGACGAAGAGGUGACGAACUACUUCACCAACAUCAUCAAGACCAUCAUCAAAAAACGCGACACCGAGAACAUCACGCGCCCAGACAUGCUGCAGCUCAUGAUGGACGUGCGGGGUAAAGCCGGCAAAGAGCUGGACAUUGAAGAAAUGGUCGCGCAGGCGUUCGUGUUCUUCUUCGCCGGCUUCGAGACCACCUCGACCGCUAUCACCUUCUUGACUUAUGAGAUCGCGAUGAACCCAGACGUACAGGCGAGGUUGCAACAGGACAUCGACAAGGUUCUAGAGGAGACGAAUGGCCAAGUAACUUACGAGGCGAUCAACCAGUUACAGUACUUGGAUGCGGUGAUCUUGGAGGCGACGCGGAUGUAUCCGUCCAACUCGUUCAUAGAGCGUGUAUGCGUGAAGGAUUAUGAAUUGCCGCCCACGUUGCCGGGUGAGAAGCCCUUCACCAUGAAGAAGGGCAUGGUGGUCUGGGUACCGGUCUACUCACUCCAGCACGACGAAAAGUACUAUGAUGAGCCGGAUAAAUUCCGUCCGGAGCGCUUCAUGAACAACACCAACUACGAGAACUCACCGUAUUACACGACGUUCGGCAUAGGCCCGAGGAUGUGUAUCGGCAAGCGUUUCGCCAUGCUGGAGAUAAAACUACUGUUGUUCCAUCUGUUAGCUCGAUGCGAGUUGAAACCCUGUUCAAGGACCACGAUACCGAUGCGACUCGACAAUAAAGGUCUGCAAAUGGGAGUUGAAGGUGGACUCUGGUUGAGCAUUUGGCCCAGAAGCGAUGUACAUCCUGCGCUCGCGUCACCGAUCAUCAAUGACGACACCGUUAAUUCUUAAGAAAUGACGCGCACUUGAUUCGAAAUUGCGCGCGAGCAAGCAGACUUAAAAACGACGGAAAAUUUCUGUAGAGAAAAAUAUAUAAUCGCGCAUAAUCCAUAUACAAGGAGAUAUUUUAUGCUAACAUAUAAUAGGUUCGUCUUCGCAACAUUUGUAGCAACUAGAGCAAGUUCAAGUAAAUAUAAAAGUCCUAUAUCAUUUUGCGAUAUUUGCAGUGAAUCUUGACAUAUUAAUUCAAAAAAAUUAGAUGAUCAUGCACGAUAUGGUAGGUAGAAAAUAUGUGCUAUGUGUUCGUGUGCUAGAUUCAAUGUGGGUGGAGAUCAAACUAAAUAAAAAGGUCUUUUAUCAUUUUACAAAUAACCACGUAAAUUUUUAAUUAUUAAUUAAAGAAAAUUGUUGUGCGAUAAUGCACCAAUUUUUCUCUUUAAUUCUCUUCAAUUUAAUCUCUUAAAAAGAAAAAAGGAUAAUAUUAUUCGUGUUUAUAUUAACAAAGCAGACAUUUAAAAUGCGACUUUAACACGUUCGAUUUCGGCAACAGCAAAAAAUUAUCUUUGCAUUAUAAAGUAUAUUGCGUACAUAUUCAUAAUAUCGGCGUGCAGAAAAUAUGCAAAAAUAUAUUCUCUCUAAGAUAUUUGGCUAGCGUAUGCAAUACGAAAGCAUAAUUAUUUUUUAACCGUACGAUUAAUUAUAGAUAUUGGCAAUUAAUAUCUACGAGACGCGUUUUAUAGAAAACAAAACGCAAAACAUAUCACAAUAUGACGCAAAACAUUCGCACGAUCAGAUCAAAUAAAUUCGAGAUUUUUACUGCGACAUUUUUAAUUCGAGAGAUUACUGUUUACUGUUAUGAUACUGAUUAGUGUUUUUAAGCAGCGCGAUAAUACGUGAUGUGCAUAUAUUAAUAAUUUUCCAACUUCUUGAUAAGUUAACUGAUAAUUAAAUCAUAUGUCUCUCUUUGUUUCUCCUUUAAUUUAAACAAGGACAGACAUGAUUUAAUUAUUAGUCAGUUUAUCAAGAAAUUUAUCAAGAACAACCAGUCUUAAGACGCGUUCAAUGAUGCGCGUCGUCGCGGAUUAUGAUAGCGCUGUUUCUGAUAAAAAAGUAUAUAAUAGUUAUAUAAUCAUAUAUUUUCUCAAAGGAUUUGUCGUAUCGAAACGAGCGCACCAAUAAAAAAACAAACAGAACUUUAAAGCCUAAUUUACAAUGUGCUCUUUGCUUUCUGUUUCUUGUUCUCUGUCCUUUUUUAGUUUAAGACUUAAGAUGUGAGUCAGAGAGAUAAAGAAAAAAAAUAAACAAGAGGUAAAUAACACAUUGUAGAUCAAGCUUAAGUGUCAAGGGAACGAAAAAAUUCGCGGGCAAUUCGGAAAACAAAUUUCGAUCGUUUCUGUAUUCCAUUUUUAAUGUUCAGCUGUAACAUUUAUAGAGAGAGUAGCGUAGAAUUCAAUAUUUUGUAAUUAUACUUUAAAAAUGGCACGAAGUGCCCCGAAAAUAA